AGGGUAUAAAUAGGCGCGACCGGCGGCGAGCGCUUCCUUUCGGUGAGGAGGCGGCGGUGGGUACGGAAGAUGUCUUGUGGCUCCGCGGAUUACAGCUCUAAAGAACAUGGCCCAGAUGGCAUGGACCCAGAUGGCGUUAUUGAAAGCAACUGGAAUGAAAUUGUUGAUAACUUUGACGACAUGAACCUGAAGGAGACCCUUCUUAGAGGAAUUUAUGCAUAUGGAUUUGAAAAACCUUCUGCUAUCCAACAGAGGGCAAUUAUGCCAUGUAUUAAAGGGUUUGAUGUUAUUGCCCAAGCACAGUCUGGAACUGGUAAAACAGCCACAUUUGCAAUCUCGAUCCUGCAGCAGCUGGAGUUAGAUAUGAAAGAAUCGCAGGCUUUGGUCCUGGCCCCUACCAGAGAACUGGCUCAGCAGAUCCAGAAGGUAAUCCUGGCCCUGGGUGAUUACAUGGGUGCUACAUGCCAUGCCUGCAUCGGUGGCACUAAUGUACGAAGUGAGAUGCAGAAGCUGAAUGCAGAAGCUCCCAACAUUGUUGUAGGAACUCCAGGGCGAGUGUUCGACAUGUUGAACAGGGGAUAUAUAUCUUCAAGGUGGAUCAAGAUGUUCGUUUUAGAUGAAGCUGAUGAAAUGUUGAGUCGUGGAUUCAAAGAUCAAAUCUACGAGAUUUUUCAGAAACUGAGCACAAACAUUCAGGUGGUUUUGUUGUCGGCUACUAUGCCCAGCGAUGUCUUGGAGGUCACUAAAAAGUUUAUGCGUGAUCCAAUCCGUAUCCUUGUGAAAAAAGAGGAACUCACCCUUGAGGGUAUCAAGCAGUUUUACAUCAAUGUGGAGAGAGAGGAAUGGAAGUUGGACACACUUUGUGACUUGUAUGAAACUCUAACCAUAACACAAGCUGUGAUUUUUCUUAAUACGAGGAGGAAGGUUGAUUGGUUAACUGAAAAAAUGCAUGCAAGGGACUUCACUGUUUCUGCAUUGCAUGGUGAUAUGGAUCAGAAAGAACGCGAUGUGAUUAUGAGGGAAUUCCGUUCGGGAUCUAGCCGCGUACUUAUCACUACUGACUUAUUGGCUCGUGGCAUCGAUGUACAGCAGGUGUCUCUAGUUAUUAACUAUGACUUGCCCACAAAUCGUGAGAAUUACAUUCACAGAAUUGGUCGUGGUGGUCGCUUCGGAAGGAAAGGUGUUGCUAUUAACUUUGUUACUGAAGAAGAUAAACGAAUUCUUCGUGAUAUUGAGACAUUCUACAAUACAACUGUGGAAGAGAUGCCUAUGAAUGUGGCUGACCUGAUCUAAUGAUGGCAUGAGAAUUUGCAUUUGCAGCUGCUGAAUUAUCAGACUAUAUG